AUGUGGCGAUUACUUGGCCAGUCCUCCAGCACCCCAGAGAAAAGCUCUCCACCUCGGAGCCUUCCGGCGUCAUGGUAUCGCUCUGAUGCCAUGUAUCAGCUGGAGCGGCGAGCCAUCUUCUCCAAGCGUUGGAUGUUACUCACACAUUCCAGUCGACUUACCAAGCCUGGCGACUUUCUUUCCUUUACCAUCUCUAACUUUUCCUUCUUCCUGACUCGAGACCGCGACGGUAACAUCAACGGAUUUCACAACAUUUGUCGACAUCGUGCAUACCCGGUUGUCCAAGCUCGGUCCGGAACUACCUCUAUCCUCAGCUGCAAGUAUCACGGCUGGUCCUAUGGACUGAAGGGAAACCUAUCAAAGGCACCUCGCUUCGAGACUGUACCAAGCUUUGACAAAAGCCAACAUGGGCUUCUCCCAAUCCAUGUGCAUAUCGAUAAAGCGGGCUUCGUCUGGGUGAAUCUAGAGGCCGGCGACCCGGAGGUCAAGUGGAACGAUGACUUCCAAAAGAUUGAUGAGCAGCCGCGGAUGCAGGAUUUUGACUUUGAUGGGGAAUAUUCUUUUGACCAUUACUGGGAGAUGGACGUGGAGGCGAACUGGAAGCUUCUGAUCGAGAACUACAAUGAAUGUUACCACUGCGCGACCUCACAUCCACUGAUCAAUGGAGUGUCGGAUCUUCCUCGGUACCGGGUUGAGCCUAAGGCGAGGUAUAUGGAGCAUCAUAUCUUCAACAAGGACAAUAUUGAUGCGCAGUUCCGGAGGUCAAUCACAUACUUUUACCCUACCACAUCGGUCACGGUCACAGAUAAAUUCUUCUACAUUCAGCGCAUGAUCCCAGUUAGCGCGACGACCAGCAAGAUCGAAAACGAAGUAUAUCGACACCGAGAUGCAACGGACGAGGAGUUUGCCAACAUCAACGCGUUUUACCGACAAGUCCUAGAUGAAGACAAGGAUCUCUGUGUUGGAGCACAGGAAAACUUGAGCGCGGGUGUGUUUAUCAAUGGCGAGCUUCACCCGGACAAGGAGAAGGGGCCCAUCCAUUUUCAAGAAGACGUGAAGACAAUGGUCAUGGAGCACCGGCGAAAAGAAGAGGCCCAAGGCGGGGAGGAGAUCUGGCCAGCUGUCCCUAAGAUGACAGGGGAGAUGAGGACAGGGAAGUUGGCAGAGGAGGAAAGGUUCUGUUCUCAGCUGGAAGCGGCGAGUUGCAUGGCCAGAUCAGAGCUGGCUUGGUAGUGGUUUAGCUGAACAUGAAGUAAUGAGCUUGAAAGGGUUCGGAGCCUUUCCUAAUCAAAGACAUUCGCAUUAAGCAGUCAAUG